AUGGAUGACUCAUUAAACAUCGAAGCGCUUGAAAAGAAGCCAUGGGAUGACCUCUGCUUGGUUCCUAGUAAAAUCAUCAUCGUCUACCAAAAACAAAAGCAGGAGUUCAACAAUGAGGAGAUUGUGAGAAAUGAAGAUCUCUCUCAAGAGUCUGGAGAAUCUAGAGAAGAGUUCAAUUCACAGAAUAUACUAAAUGAAGAAGUUAGAGAAUGUGAAGAGGAUUUUGAUUCACAGAAUAGAGUAAACGAAGAAGGCAAACACAAGCAGCUUUCGCUGAGUGUUCUCGCCACAGUGAUUAGUUCGACCCUUCAUCGUGCUUCAAAAUUCUCUGAAAUGUUUUGGCACGCUAGCUCUCCAGUUAUCUCAUGCAUAUCAUAGUCAACACCAAUGAUCUUCUACUUGUGGAGUCGUCUUUGGAUAGUAUUAUAUAUGGCACUUCUUGUGGAGGUCUUGCUUCUCAUCAUGUGGAGCUAGUGGCUCGAGAGAUUGUUG